AUGGGUUGUCUCGGGGGAGUUCCCGUGCACAACGGUCAGGUGGUGGACCAUGCAAUGCCUACCGGCUUCCGCUACAAGCUCUGGCUGCUUGCAGCGAGCAUGGGCGAAUGGGCAGAUGCGCUUCCAGACACGGCUCGGCAUUGCUUAGAGUUCGACUUCGAGUACAGCGUCCAGUUUGAGACGAAGCUCACACCCUUUGAG